GACUGAAGGAGGAAGCAGCAUCAGCUCACAGCUGAUUUUAUUUAGUGCAAUUAAUGAGGAUGAGGAGCUGGAAGCCUCACUUGUGUCCUGACCUUAAACAACAUGCUGCAAAUACUCUGUGUUGCUCUUGUGUGUGCAGAAUAUCUGAAAGACGUGUACUGCAGUCCUCUACAAGAAGCCAAACGAGCUCUUAAAGAUGACUGGCUAAUCAAGGCGGUGCAUUACAUGGAGGAAAACCCAGAAACUUUAGAAGAGCUGAUGGACAAAAACUAUGCUUUGGCAGAAGGAGACAUGGUGCUGUUGAAUGACAGGAAUGCAGUGAGCAGUAGCUGGCCAACUCUGGAGAUACCCUAUAUCAUUAGCCCAGAUUUAGCUAGUCGCACAGAUGAUAUUCUCUCUGCUAUGGAGAUGGUGUCCAAACACACCUGUGUAUCCUUCCACAAGCGAACCAUCGAGCAAAACUACCUGCUCUUCAAAACCAGUACAGGCUGUGCAUCAUUUGUGGGCUUAAAGGGUGGCGAGCAGCCUGUUUUUGUUGGGCCCCAGUGCAUGGUAGGUAACAUUGCACAUGAGAUUCUUCAUGCUCUGGGUUUCCACCAUGAACACACAAGGAUGGACCGUGAACAGCACAUCACCGUUAUUCACAGCAACAUUAUGCCAGGGAUGGAGAAAAACUUCAGAAUGCAAGAUGGCGAGACCUUUUCUCUUCCAUAUGACGCUACCUCCAUCAUGCACUAUGGAAGGGAUUUUUUUUCAGCGACCGGCCUGCCCACCAUCUUCCCAAAGAAAGAUGUGAAGGAAAUGGGACAGAGAGAUAAACUGACAAAGACUGACAUUGAAAGGGUUCGACGUCUCUACAGCUGUGUCCAGAAGGUGGCGGUAAUGAACAUGAAGGUGUUUGGCAACCGGUAUAAAAAGAUAGAAGGCCCCACAGAAACCAGUGUUGCUGCAGUUUACCGGUAA